CAGUCUUUCUCUAGUCGCGACAGUUUUCGGGUGCACUUUUCUUUAUUCCGAUUAGAACGCCGCCACGAACAGUGCGGAGUUGGGAAAAUGUGCGACGACGAUGCAGCUCCCCUCGUGGUUGAUAACGGUUCCGGGAUGGUUAAGGCCGGAUUCGCUGGUGAUGACGCCCCGCGAGCCGUUUUUCCAUCCAUUGUGGGGCGUCCCAGGCACCAGGGAGUGAUGGUUGGCAUGGGGCAGAAGGAUUCGUACGUUGGCGAUGAGGCGCAAUCGAAGCGAGGUAUUCUUACGCUGAAGUAUCCAAUCGAACAUGGUAUCAUUACCAAUUGGGAUGAUAUGGAGAAAAUUUGGCAUCAUACGUUCUAUAAUGAGUUGCGUGUGGCCCCAGAAGAACAUCCAGUUUUGCUGACAGAAGCUCCGCUGAAUCCUAAAGCUAACCGCGAAAAGAUGGCGCAAAUUAUGUUUGAGACCUUCAACUCCCCCGCCAUGUAUGUUGCUAUUCAGGCAGUUCUGUCUUUGUACGCUUCCGGUCGUACGACGGGUAUUGUGUCGGAUUCUGGGGACGGCGUUUCCCAUUCUGUUCCCAUCUUUGAAGGUUAUGCCUUAUCACAUGCAAUUCUCCGCUUGGAUUUGGCUGGCCGUGAUUUGACAGACUAUCUUAUGAAAAUAAUGACUGAGCGUGGUUACGCGUUCACCACCACAGCUGAGCGUGAAAUCGUCCGUGAUAUAAAGGAAAAGCUGUGUUAUGUUGCUUUGGAUUUCCAUCAUGAGGUCGCCACCGCUGCCACCUCUAAUGCUUUGGAUAAAUCCUACGAGCUGCCCGAUGGACAGGUUAUUACCAUUGGUGCCGAACGAUUCCGAUGCCCAGAAGCUCUCUUUCAACCUUCUUUCCUGGGUAUGGAAAUUUGUGGUGUUCAUGAAACGGUUUACAACGGCAUUAUGCGCUGUGACGUUGAUAUUAGAAAAGAUCUGUAUGCUAAUAUAGUCCUCUCGGGGGGAUCGACCAUGUAUCCAGGUAUUGCCGAUCGAAUGCAAAAGGAAAUUACCGCACUGGCACCAUCCACUAUCAAAAUUAAGAUCAUUGCCCCACCAGAGCGAAAAUAUUCCGUUUGGAUCGGAGGUUCAAUCUUAGCUUCGCUGUCCACCUUCCAGUCGAUGUGGAUUUCUAAGCAGGAGUACGACGAAUCUGGCCCGUCCAUCGUCCACCGCAAAUGCUUUUAGGCUGGAUUAAAAGAGGCGUUUUAUAUUUUUAAAAUAAUAAACUCUUUAACGGUAUUGGUUUGAUUAUUUUGCGUACGAGAGCUGAAUAAAAAAAUAAAUUGUCUGUUGAAUCCAUUUAAA